AUGCCGUCCCCACCACCACCACCACAACCACCAGCACCUGCAUCAGCAAAACGUGGACACCAUAGGUCGCUGACUACCAGUGCCACAGCUGCUGCUGCCGACACCUACUAUGGCACCGGUAGUUCAGACGAUGAUACUACACUAAGUUCAUCGCUAAUCGGUUUGGCAAUGAUCGUGAUAAUGACUGUCCUAUUGAUGGCUACCUUUCCACUGUCGCUAUAUUUUAGCUAUAUUAUUGUACACGAUCACGAAAAGGCAGUCAUAUUCAGGAACGGUAGACUCAAGUCAGUUCGGGGUUCAGGUCCGGGUCUGGUGUUUGUCUAUCCCUAUAUCGAUCGCUACUGUAUUGUCGACUGUCGUACCGUUUGCUAUGACAUACCGGCACAGAAAGUCCUAACUAAAGACUCCCUAACUGUCGAAGUCGAUGCCGUUGUACUCUAUCGGGUAUACAAUGCAAUCAUUGCCGUAACCAAUGUCCGCAACUACCGUCGGGCCACUGAACUGUUGGCCGCAACCAGUUUACGCAAUCAAUUGGGCACAAAAACAUUGACCGAAAUACUGGCCGAAUGUUCACUGAUUAACGAAACACUUCAAUUAACACUGGAUACGGCUACCGAUUUUUGGGGCGUUAGUGUCGAGCGAUUGGAUAUUAAAAAUGUGAAAAUACCGGCAAAUUUACAACACUCGCUAUCAUCGGAAGCCCAGGCCGUACGCGAAUCGAGGGCUAAAUGUAUUCAGGCAUCGGGUGAACAACAGGCCUCACAAUCGCUACUAUCGGCUGCCAAUAGGUUAGACCCGAUGGCCAUACAGUUAAGGUUUUUGCAAACAUUGAACAUUCGUGAUUCAGGUCCGGGUCUGGUGUUUGUCUAUCCCUAUAUCGAUCGCUACUGUAUUGUCGACUGUCGUACCGUUUGCUAUGACAUACCGGCACAGAAAGUACUGACCAAAGACUCCCUAACUGUCGAAGUCGAUGCCGUUGUACUCUAUCGGGUCUACAAUGUAAUCAUUGCCGUAACCAAUGUCCGCAACUACCGUCGGGUCAACUGA